AUGUCUCUAAUUCCGAGCAUUUUUAGAGGCCGAAGAACAAACGUGUUCGACCCAUUCUCGCUAGACGUAUGGGAUCCGUUCGAAGGGUUCUUGUCGCAGGCAAACGCACUGGCUAAUAAGGACGUGGCAGCGUUCACAAACGCUAAAGUGGACUGGAGGGAAACACCUGAGGCACACGUGUUCAAGGCGGACUUGCCGGGGCUUAAGAAGGAAGAGGUGAAAGUGGAGGUUGAAGAUGGGAACAUACUUCAGAUCAGCGGAGAGAGGAGCAGUGAGAAUGAAGAGAAGAGUGGCAAGUGGCACCGUGUGAAGAGGUCAAGUGGGAAGUUCAUGAGGAGGUUUAGGCUGCCGGAGAAUGCCAAGGUGGAGGAAGUGAAGGCCAGUAUGGAGAAUGGUGUCUUGUCGGUCACGGUGCCGAAAGUGCCGGAGAAGAAGCCUGAGGUCAAAUCCAUUAAUAUCUCCGGUUAA